AAACUCCUCACCCCUCUUUCUCUCUACUGUGUUGUGUAGUUGAUUCAACACUUUUUUGCCCAUCCCAUCGUUUGUUGUUUAUUACAAAUUCCCACCUAAAUCUCGCUUCUCACAGUCACUGUGUUCUCAAGGAGCAGCGCUGUGAAGUGUGUGUCUCAACUUCUUCACUCCUCCAGGGCGGUGCGAGAACACUCUCUCGCCCUGAAACUAAAACACAUCGACUCGCAUUGCUCUGGUCACACUUUCUGGUACCAAUAUGGUGGCUCAGGGCUUCACCGUGGACUUGAAUAAACCUCUUGUGUUCCAGGUUGGCCAUCUUGGUGAGGAUUAUCAGGAGUGGGUCCACCAGCCCAUUGUUAGCAAAGAGGGUCCUCGAUUUUUUGAAAGUGAUUUCUGGGAGUUUCUGACCCGCAAUCAAUGGUGGGUUAUUCCUCUUAUCUGGCUCCCGGUCGUUGGGUGCUCCCUCUCAAGGUCCAUUUAUUUGGGUCAUACAAUUCCUCAGGUGGCAAUGAUGACAGCCUUUGGUGUUUUUGCCUGGACAUUGAUCGAAUAUACCCUCCAUCGCUUCCUUUUCCAUAUUAAGACCAAGAGUUAUUGGGGUAACACGAUUCAUUAUCUUCUUCACGGUUGUCAUCACAAGCACCCAAUGGAUGGUCUACGCCUUGUUUUCCCUCCUGCUGCCACUGCCGUUCUUUUAUUUCCAUUCUGGAAUUUGAUAAAGUUAAUAUCCACUCCUACCACUGCUCCUGCUAUAUUUGGUGGUGGUCUACUUGGUUAUGUAAUGUAUGAUGUAACUCAUUACUAUGUGCACCAUGGGCAGCCAACCAGUGGAAUUCCAAAGAGCCUCAAGAAAUAUCAUCUAAAUCAUCAUUUCCGCGUUCAGAAUAAAGGAUUUGGCAUCACUUCCUCGCUGUGGGACAGGGUGUUUGGAACCCUACCUCCGUCAAAAUUGACCGAGAAGAGUAGAUGAUUUUUCUGCUGAGUUUCAUGUCAUGAAACAGCUUCUCAAAAGCUUUUCUUAUCGACCAUUUUGCUCCAGCUUUAGAAUGUACGCUGUGUUUCUUGGCAAAAAUGCACAAUUGAUGAUUAUGGAUCCAUUAUACGGUUCGUUGUUUGUAUAAUUUAUUGUGGAGUUGUUUAGCUAUCAUUUCUUCCUA